AUGACUAGUUUUACCCUUAAAAUAAAUAAAAUGUUUAGUCUUUAAAUAUGUAUUACUACUUAAAAGAAUUUUAAAAUUUUUAAAGUGAUGCAGAAUUAGAUAUUUAAUAACCAUUUUUAUCUUUUUAUUUAGAUGCAUAUCAAGGCUUAAAUUUAAAUAAAAUUUGUUUAAUAAUUGCAGAUUUAAAAUAUGAUCUUAAGCAUUUGUUUUUAUAUGAAUAAAUUGAUAAUUGUCCAUAAAUUAUGGAAAAAGUCUAUGUUAAUUAAAAAUAAAAUUUAUUUUUAUGUAAAUAUUGUGAUUAGUAGCAAACAAUAUAAAUUUAAUAGUUAGAAAAUGGUUAGGAGCUUAGCUUAUGUCAAUCAUGUAAUAGCUAAUACUUUUCUAUCUGUUAUGCUUAUUAUUCUUAAUUAAGGGAAGGUUAUUGGAGAAAGUAAUACUCUCUUAAUAAAAAUGAAAUUGUCCCAUGUACAAUAUCCCCAUAAAAUUGUAUUGGAGGCUAUGAGUUAGAGAAUAGUUUAUGUUACUAAGGUCACAUAGGACCUUAAUGCUUAAACUGUGAUAUAAAAGGAUAAUAUUGGAAUAGCUAGUAUUCCUCAUAUGGUAACUUUUCCUGCAACAAAUGUAGUGAUAUAAUAAGAAAUACUUUAAAAAUUUGUAUCAUAAUUAUAUUAAUUCUAAUAAGCAUAGGAAUAAUCAUAAUUAGCUCUUUUAAAAGCUUAUAAAACUAGAUUUUAGCACUAUAUCUUUCAAAAAUGA